AUUCCAGAUUCAGUGUGGCGGAGCUCAUUGGCAAGCCAAGAUGAGCUUCAGGAGGUCAUACAGUUGUUGUCUGUGCAACCUCAACAGGCAACACAACUGCAUCAUCCAAGUAUGCACAUGCCAGGAGUCACCUUAACAAACUGCUCUGGAGAUGGAAACUUGCCUGAAUCUGGUACUGGCUGGGGUGAAGGACACUCUGAAGAGCGGCGGGCAAGUGCACCAUUGAGAAACAAUAGUGGCUCUCCACAACCUUCACAAAGCACUCAUCGAGCUAGUUGGCAUGCUCCAGAUCCUCAUUCUUGCACGUGGGGAGAGCAUGAGCUGUUUCCUCCAACACUAGACCCAGCAAAUUUUGCAUCUCGUAAAAGCAGCUCUUCUACAGAUUCAUCCUCCAGUCAUUCAUUGCACAGUCGUUCAACAACAGGGUCCGAGGGUGGUGCAGAAGUUCGUGCACAUUUAUACUCAAUGUGGAGUGGUGGUGAUAUGGCUUUCAUGAGGGUGCCAGAAUCAGCUGAGUUACCAGAUGGUCCAAGUCAUACUGAUAAUUGAACUUAAAAAAACUUUUAACUAUAAAUGUUGUGUGCAUGUGAUUUUAAAGGUACAAAUUAUGAGAUUGUUUAAUAUAGUUUAUGAAUGUUCAUAUUUCUUCUUUAUAAACUGUGGUGCUAUACCAUUGCAGAUGUCACCCAUAAUAAAAGA